CUGAUAGUCUGAUAAAAUCACAUUAUUCGGUGUUCUGUGCGCAUCCGAAGAAUGCCCUUGAGCGCCUUGAGCCUUGAGCAAUUGAGGAAUUGAGAUUCAGGAUUCAGCCAGCUCUUGGCCGCUCGCAUCGGGUCUUGGCUCGUUGGCUGUUCUGUUGUUGUGAACGCACCCUUCGACCCUAUUACGGCCUUCGAAAAAUGGCGGCUGGCAAUCUCCAAUCGUGUAGAAAUGUCAAAUUGUGACGUUCUCUCCAGUGAUAAUUCGCGCCUGAUGUUAUGUAGAAAAUCAAAAUGUCACGUUUAGUAGACUAUUUCAUCGUAACUGGAUACGACCAUGAAAAAGACCGUGGCGGCUUCAGCCAAGGAAAAAUCAUCCAGCGAUUUCCGGAAAAGGACUGGGAUGAUACACCAUUUAUUCCAGGUAUUGAGCUGUUCUGCCAGCCACUGGGAUGGAUGCUGUCAUCAGAGCAGCUAGAGCCUAGGUUCUUCAUCUCUGUCCUGACUGGUAUUGAUGGCAAUAGGCACUAUUGUGCCUGUUUGAGUUUCAAUGAGGCUGUCUCAAUCACACCAUCUAAGAUUGAUGAAGAAGAAGAUACUGCAACUGAUUAUCGAAAUUUUCAGUUGCUUGGGUUGAAUCGUUCCCUCUCUUCAUCAAGUACCCACCACAGCAUUAUGUAUGCACCUACAUGCCUUGUCCUUGUCUCAAGGCACAAUUAUCCAGACACUUUCCGUAACUGCUUAGGAAUUAUUUAUACAGUGCACAUUGAGAACAUGGGGCUACCGUUGGAAACGUUAAUUGGCAACUUAUUAGGCUGUGUUUUUGUCCCAUCGCCGGGUGGACCUCAGAUUCAUUUCAGCAUUGGCGCCAAGGACAAGCAAUACUUGCAACCACCUGCGAGUCCAACACUGCCCGUCACUGGUUCCACCGUUACGCGGUUGUUCCAGCAGUUAGGGAUCAAGAACACACUGUGUGUUUUCUCGGCAGCGCUGACUGAUCAAAAGGUGUUGUUUCACUCGAGCAGCCAUGCACGACUGAGUGAGGCAUGCCACGCAUUGACAUCCAUCAUGUACCCUUUCCGUUAUGCUUAUGUCUACAUUCCUAUUUUACCGGCUACAAUUGUCGAAGUCCUCUCUUCCCCGACGCUUUUUAUAAUGGGUGUCCAUUCUUCGUUGCGAAACCAAGUACCCGAACUGAUGGACGUCGUCGUGGCAGAUCUUGACGGCGGAUCUGUCAGCAUACCAGGAAGCAUAAGUGUUCCCCUUUUCCCUGAACCUCUUCUCACAAACGUUUACGAAGCCCUAAGCAUGGUCCUCCAACCAGAGCUACGCAGCGCCGAUUCGGCUUUUCCUCUUUCAUCUAUUCCAAAGACUGAACCAUACACUCAGGAUAAGGAAAUUCGCGCCAUUUUCAUUCGGUCCUUGGCCCAUCUCCUCCAAGGAUAUCGCCAUUGUCUUACUAUAUUGCGCAUACAUCCGAAACCAGUCAUUACUUUCCAUAAGGCGGCUUUUCUUGGCCAUCGUGGUUUAGUCGACUGCGAAUUUACUAACCGUGUUCUAGGAAUGUUUUUCAACACUUUUGUGGCUGAACGAGGUCCAUCUUGGCGAGUGUGUGAUGUAUGGGAUGAUGUUUAUAGCUCGCUAGCCGAACAACUUCGAGCCGAAAGCCACGAUCAAAAGCUUGUUCUGACGCAUAUUCGUCAACUAGCAGCGCAACUUGCUAGUAACGAAGAACCUUCACCGCAGCCCUUUACGCAACGCAUCCCAAGACCCACUGAAGGUGCCUUCACCCGAAUCCAUCAGCCAAUUUUUCCUCGGCUAUCGCCAGAGCUCAUCCAGCAGCGCAUAGAUCAAGGUCUAGCCAAAGGCAAUGCUGAUCUAGUCCAAGCGGCCGUAAAAUCUUCCGCCUCAGCUCCACGGCUUGUACCAAUGGGACCACCGCUUAGUGGUUUACAAGACUCACGUCACCUGUUCAAUAAUUCUGCCCGACGUUUGGAGGUCUUGCGGAAUUGCAUCAAUUGCAUUUUUGAAAACAAGAUCUCGGACGCCCGUAAAACAUUUUCGGCAGUUUUACGUGCUCUCAAGACAAACGAUGCACGACUGGCGUUGUGCACUGAACUUGGCCAUCACGUAGCCGGUAGUCGGGCCAUACUUGAUCCGGCUCAGUUUGAUCUUGUUGUCCGUUUACUAAAUUGUGCGCUGCAGGAUACAUCGAUAAUGGAUGAAUAUGGCGUGGCAGCUGCCAUUCUUCCUCUGGCCACAUCAUUUUGCCGUAAACUCUGCACAGGUGUCGUUCAGUUUGCCUACACCUGCAUCCAAGAUCAUCCCGUAUGGCAAAGUCAACAAUUUUGGGAAGCUUCAUUCUAUCAAGAUGUCCAGCGAGAUAUUCGUGCUCUCUAUCUUCCUCGCUCAGAGCCUAAUGCGACUUUUAACAGUGCAGAGGCAAUUCAAAUGAGUAAGGUGGAAAUGUCAGUGCUAGAGAUCGCAGCCCAACAGAUGAGGAGGUGGCCGUCGAUGAGCGCUGAUCAGCGUCUAGAGUUGGAAGCGAAUGAAGAGUCGACUAUCUACUCUCAGGCUAUUCACUAUGCCAAUCGCAUGGUUUACCUUCUGGUUCCAUUGGAAGCGGGUGAGAGACGCCGAAGGGAAAGAGCAGUUGCAGGGCACGGAGAACAUGACAGUGUCAGCGCCAGUGUUACAAACACGAGCGUAGCUGACAGCGAGCGAUCUGGUGGCGAUGACGAAUCAGGUUUUGAAGAGGCUAUAGCUGGAGAAACGGGAACUGCAGUUGUUCGCUUCGUAUCGCGUUUCGUCGACAAAGUUUGCAACGAAGGAAAUGUAACUCCCGAACAUGUUCGAUCGCUGUAUCAAAUGAUCCCUGGGGUUGUCGCCAUGCAUCUUGAAACUCUAGAAACAGUCAGUCGAGAAGCCCAGCGACUGCCUCCUAUUCAGAAACCAAAAAUUCUUACGCCGAGUUUAUUAAAUGGCGAACGACUUCUCGUGGAAGGAUUGCGAGUUUAUUUACUGCCAGAUGGACGCGAAGAAAGCCCCAACUCGGCCGGAUUAGGUCUACUACCAGCCGAAGGUGCCCUCUUCCUGACGAAUUAUAGAAUCAUAUUCAAGGGCACUCCUUGUGACCCACUUGUUUGCGAACAAACAGUCGUUCGUGCUUUUCCAGUAACGUCUCUGACGAAAGAGAAAAGAAUUUCGGUUCAAUAUUUAGGUCAUCUAGAUCAAUGGCUUCAAGAGGGACUUCAACUGCGUUCCAACACUUUUCAAAUGCUAAAGGUAGCAUUCGAUGAAGAGGUGAAUUUAGACAGCGUCGAACAACUCCGCAAGUACAUCCAUCGUGUCCGCCAUCCACCUCAGCCUUCCGUCUUCCAUUAUUUUGCCUUUGUAGGCCAGACAAUUGUAGAUGCUACGCCAAUUCACAAGGGCAAAGAAAAAAGCGCAACACUUAAAGGAAUGGCCAAAAAGACUCUUUUAAAAACCGCUCGCCAAGUGGGGCUCAAACCAAAAAGCGCAAACAAGAGGAAAAAAUAUAUUCUUCAGCCACCUGGAAUUAUCCCAGUUGGUGGAGGUAGCACAAGCGGCAGCGGUUCACUGUUGCGAGAAGAAGAUGAAUUGGUAAUGGAUGAAUCUUCUGCUAGAAGCCUCAACCCAAAUGGCUCUGUGGGAGGUAUCAAUUUGGCUCAACAGCCCGAUCCCAAAACACUGGAGCGUGUGAUUGAACGAAGUUAUUGCAAGGAUUUCCAGAGACUCAAUCUUGCACCUUCACCCAACACGAGUGGCACUUUAACACCUGGCAAACCCAAAAGCGAUUCGUUUCGAAUAUCGACAGCCAAUAGCAAUUAUAGCCUUUGCCGUACCUAUCCGGCUUUAGUGGUGGUGCCUGCCCAUCUUUCAGAUGAUAGUCUUGCAAGGGUAGCUCGUUGCUAUCGUCAUGGUCGCUUACCUGUCAUAACAUGGCGCCAUCCCCGAACGAAAGGACUUCUCCUGCGAGGCGCUAGCUUUCACGUAAAGGGAGUAAUGAAUAUGCUGAGAAGUAAUGCCAAUGCGAACUCCGUGGCGACUGCACCACCGGGUCCAAAUGAUCCUGUUUCAUCCAGCUUGGAGCAGGAACGUUAUUUAAAUGCCAUCAUCACGGCCACUCCUGUAGCUGUCCUGCGUGAGGGAUCCUCAUGGGCAAUGUCAGACAGUACGCUGAGUAUCACAUCCCUCGUUUUGACUGUUGGAAAUUCCGCAAUCGGAUCUGCUAGUGGUGUGUCGCCAACAGGUGGACUCGAAACUCCCGAUGUGGGCAGAAAGAGCAACUACUUUGGUCAUGGUGGAACAAUUUCUAAGGCAAUGAGUACACUGCGACAUAAUACCGGUCGGAAAAGCGUAGGUCUUUGGGGUGCCGCAAAGGAUCGACGUUCUGGCAGCGGGACUGCUACACUUGCAAUACCCCAUUCCCCGCAUUUCCGCAGCAGCAGUGGAUUGGGCAUCGCAGGAGCAGAGAGUGAUUCAGCCUCGACGACGGAGUCGACCCAUUCCAUAAGACGAGCUGCUCUUUACAUUUUUGGCGAGAAAACCACUAUUAAAGCCAUUCGCACAGAUACACUUCCGAAAACGGAUUUCAUUCCGGUUGAUUUCCCCGAACCUCGCAACGUCCGUAACGCUUUUAAAAAACUAGUCCGUGCCUGCGUACCCAGCUCAGUAAGCUCCGAACCGGACCAAAGUUUCUAUCGAGCAGUUGAGAAUUCGGAAUGGCUACAGCAAUUGCAGACCUUGUUACAAAUCGCUGGGGCGAUGGUUGAUUUGAUGGAUUUGAAUGGAUCAUCGGUGAUGCUUUGCUUGGAGGAGGGCUGGGAUGUUACUGCGCAAUUGACGUCGAUCACUCAGAUCUGUUUGGAUCCAUAUUAUCGCACAAUCGACGGGUUUCGAGUUCUGAUAGAAAAAGAAUGGCUGGCCUUUGGCCAUCGUUUUUCCCAUCGAAGCCAUCUUAAUUCAAAUUCUCCGGGUUCGGGCUCAAGCUCGUUCACUCCAAUCUUUCUGCAGUUCCUAGACAUGAUUCAUCAAAUUCAUAGGCAGUUCCCGCAGUCGUUUGAAUUCAAUCAGUUCUACCUCAAAUUCUUGGCUUACCAUCACGUAUCGUGCCGAUUCCGUUCCUUUUUACUUGACUCCGAGUAUGACCGUGCGGAUGCUGGAAUUAUGGCUAUUGAAGACAAACGCGGAUCUCUCUCACGUCAUCAUCGCAGCUUCGACACUUUAACUGACGAUGAAUCAAGUCUGUUUCCUAACGGAGGCCGCAUUUUACCUGGGGGUUCCAACUCCCAAUCGUCUGCUACGAGUGCCGGCCAAUCCAUUUUCGAUUACAUUGAGAAGCAGUCAGCCAAAUCUCCUAUUUUUCACAACUUUUGCUAUACAUCUGAAAGUGACAACCUCGUGCUCCGUCCCUACUGUACUGUCUCAAAUCUAGUACUGUGGGAUUAUUUCCUGACAGAGGAGCUGUCUUACGGUUCACCUUACGAUCUAGAGGUUAAUGCAAUGGAUUUGGCACAAGCAGAAGAAGCCCGUGCAAUGGAAGGGCCGAGCAUACCGCCCUCUCGUCGGCGUGCAGUCAAGAUGGGCUAUGAUGGAGUUCAGCAUCAUUUACCAGACGUGUUUAGCUAUAUGCUAGACGAAAUACGCCGAUUGGAAACCGAACUAGGGCAUCUACCGCAAAAAUGGAAACUUCUUUGGGAUCGCAUGGAACCACCUUCUCAGGACUUCCCUGCAUCUCGGCAAGAAGUCAGCUCGGUGGCAAUGGCUAGGGCUCAUGCCCGAGACGUUCACAAACGCCAAACAAUGGAAAUCCUCUUAAAAGGUCGCUUUCCAGGGGGAAGUGGAGCUGGAGCAGGCGCCGGUGUAGGAAUGGAAGGAGUCGCGCAGGUUUACACUAACCCGCAUCGCUUCGAAAAGUACAAUUUCUCGAGCCCUACCAGCUGUGACUUUUGCUCGACCAUUUUGUGGGGUAUAGUCAAGACAGGAAUGCGCUGCAAUGAUUGCGGUUACAACUGCCACGAGAAAUGCAUUGAUCUUGUACCAAAGCAUUGCUCGAAAUAUCAGACUUCAUCGAUAGGGUUGGGAGGAGGAACAGAUCAACAUCGAGUUGGCCCAUCAACACCAACAGUCAGCCAAUCAGGCAGACCUGGAAGUGUGGACGUUUCUUCUGUUGGUUCCAAUGUUUCUCCGCACACCUCCACCUCCCACCAGCACUACGAUCAGUUUAGUCCGAAUAUCGCAGAAAAUCGCACGCAUGAGGGCUACCUGUACAAACGAGGUGCCUUGCUUAAAGCCUGGAAGCAAAGAUGGUUUGUGCUGGAUUCGGUGAAACACCAGUUACGAUAUUAUGAUUCUAUGGAGGAUCCAUGCUGUAAAGGCUUUGUUGACUUGGCCGAUGUGGUGUCUGUGGCGCCAUCCGGCUCCGUACCACAAGGAGCGCCUAAGAAAUUUGACGAAAAGACGCUUUUUGAAGUACGCACUCAGCGCCGGACUUACAAUUUCUGUGCCAACGACUCCGCUUCUGCCCAAGAAUGGAUUGAAAAGAUUCAAGCUUGUUUACAGUAGUUUUUUUUUUUUUUCUUGGUUUGUUAAGCGUUCUCCACGACGACGACGAUCGCUUGGUCGAAAUUCCAUCUCAGUUUCUUUAACGUCGUUUACAGCUUAUCGCAUCAACUCCAGUCAGUUAUUCUUUUUUUCAGAUUUGCGAUCAAAGGAGAAAAAAAAAAAAAGAAAUGGUAUAUAAAAUCCGCCUUUAUGUUCACUUGCUUCCCGACAAAACAUUUGGUUCGUAGAAUGUGCAACAGAAUUCUGUUUGGCUUUGACUGGGAGAUUGCUACUGAUCAAGACUUUUUAACCAUUUUUUCGUUCUCAUAUUUUUGUUGUUGAUGGAUCUAGGUGAGUUGUCCUCGCGUUGAAUUGCUUCAUACGCCUGUUAUAUCAAAAUGCAAACGCAUCAAGAAUAUUAUUGGAAAAGAACAAGUUGUGUAUCGAAUUGUAUAUAGUCACUUUUGUUCUUCCUUUUUUUUUUUUUUUGUUGAAACCCCGAUGAAAAUACAUUUCAGCCUAAAUAGCGA